AUGUCGUCGCCGUGCGCGCCCCGACUCGCGUUCCAGGAGCCCACGCCCGAGCUCUUCUCCUCGCCGCCCGCGCCCACGGCGACUCGCAAACAAAAGAGGCCGCCGCCCAUCACCCCCAAGCGCUUCACCCGCUUCUUCACCCCCCGCCACUCCAGCCAUGGCUCGUCACGCGCCUCCCUGUCCAGCUCGGGCCGGCAGCUGCAGGACAUCACCCGCGCCGCCGUCAACCGCACCCAUGCCCUGGCACGCACGACGCCCCGCAAGACGGUCAACUUUGUCGACAUCGACAUCGACGCCGCACAGACGCGCACCCCGCCCUCCAGCGCCCGCAAGAGGACGAACCCGUACCUCUCGCCCGAGAGCUCGCCCGCCCCGUUCCACUCUUCGCCGUCCAAACGCUCGCGCUCGCGCUAUGCCACCCCAGAGCCCGUCCCCGUGUUCGAGGACGAGGACGAGGACGAGCUCGAGCUCGAGCUCGAGACGGAGGAGCCCCCCGUGUUUGCUGCCCCCCUUCGACGAUUGGCCACCUUGGGCGCCACAUCCCGGAGGCUGCAGCGAUCCUUCGGAGGCCUACUCAGCCUCGGCCGCGGCUUCAGACGAGACCACUGCACUUCAUGGCAGGACCAGACCGCCGACUUCCACAGCAGCGCCGACGACGUCCACUCCCUGUCCCAGCACGCGCCGCCCUUUUGCACCGCCAGCUGCAACACAAACUCCCUCUUGGCCGUUGGAGACGAGGACGGCUACAUCCACCUGGUCGACUCCGAGGGCGACUUCUCCAAGGCGCACCUCUCAUGGCAAGCUCACUCCAACGCCGUCAUGGACCUGCACUUCUCCUCCGACGACUCCUAUCUGGCUGCAGGCUCGGGCGACCAGACAGCACAGAUCGUCGACGUCCGCACACAACAGACCUUGAGCGUCCUGGCAAAGCACAAAUCCUCUGUCAAGCAAGUGCGCUUCCAGCCCGGCGACGACAAGAUAGUGGCCACCUCCAGUCGAGACGGCGCCGUUCACAUCUGGGACCUGCGCUGCAAAGGGGGAGACCUCACAGUGCACUCGGCCUGGGGGUCGGAGGCUCCCUAUGCCAGCGUCGUUCGAACACUGGCAGCAGCACAUGCCGACAUGGCUCUGCCCUCGAACCCAGCCACUCGCCUGGCUCCGAACGGCAAGCCAGAACCCGUCAGCAGACGCAAUGACGUCUCUGUCACGGCGCUCUCCUUCCUGCCUGAAGGCCGCCAGCACCUCCUCCUGACGGCCUCGGACGCGUCCACAUGUGUAAAGCUGUGGGACAUCCGGGGUCGCUACUCACUGCGCGGCCCUGCCAUACCCAUUGCGACCACACGCCACCCUGAAUCGCACAACAAACACCGCCACUUUGCCAUCAAUUCGCUUACCCUCAGUGGCGACGCCUCACGACUGUACGCGUUGAGCAAAGACAACACCGUCUAUGCGUACUCGACAAACCACCUCAUCCUGGGCACUGCCCCAGAGCUCUCUGUAGCCUCCUCGUCCAAACAGAAAUACUGCCAGGUCGGCCAAGAAGGCCUGGGUCCUAUUUAUGGCUUCCGCCACAACCGAUUCCACGCCGGCUCCUUCUACGUCAAGGCUUCGCUGCGCAAAGCCUUGGAUGACAAGCCGGAGAUGCUCGCCGUCGGCAGCACCGACGGCUGCCCCAUUUUGUUCCCCACCGACGAGACCUUCCUCAAGCGCGAGACACGGCACCGAGAAGACGAAGCCGACGACCUGCCAGACAUGACGCCCCGCUCCCUCCUCAAACCAUCCCUAUCCCGGUCGGCGAGCAGCCGCUUGCCUGAUACGAUCCCCAUCUACGAGCACGGCACCCCUCUCAUCCGCGGCCACGACGCCGAAGUCACGAGCGUCUCGUGGGCCAAGAACGGCACCCUGAUCAGCGUCAGCGACGACCACCGCAUACGGCGCUGGAUAGAAGGCAGCCAGGCCCGGCAACUGCGUACAGGCGGCGAGGGGGAGGGGAGGAGGUGGCAGUGUGGCUGGGCCGAAGUAAACGCCAGCCACGACGAAGCCGACGAGUAG